UGUGCUCUCAGCACUGCUGCUCUUGUGUGCACUGUGCGCGUGCAUAUCGGGGAGAGUUCCUAUAGCAUCGUAGCGCCAAUAAACAGCUCAUUGUCUGUUUCCGUCUAAAAUCAGAUCGGGGUUGGAUGAAAAGUAUUCGGGGAAGCCCAGGAAACCCGAAUAUAUCUACACCGAUGAUCCCUGUUACAGUUGCAAAUAACCAUUAAAUCACCACAAUGUCUCUCGUUCUGCACCGGCUCUCUACUAACUCCAGAAAGAAGAGAACACACAUCACCGCGUUUGAAGAGGCCGACACGGUGAAUAAAUGCAGUGCACUCACGUACCGUGGCGGCGGAGCCAGGUGUUAGGGGAGGAGGGGAAAGGACGGCAUGUUGAGGAAACGAAACCUAAAGCACCCCGACGUGUAAGCGGUUCCCUCUUUCUGGAGAAUAAUAAUACACAUCAAAUAGUCUGACAGACAGCAACAACAGCAAGGAAUGGCCUCUGCAAUCACUUCCUGGUCUGAGGAGAACUUUUCAUGUUCCAUCUGUCUGGAUGUGUUCAGCAGUCCAGUUUCCACACCAUGUGGACACAACUUCUGCAGAACCUGUAUUACAAAGUACUGGGAUGAACAAGUCAAGUACAAAUGUCCUGUUUGCAACAAGCUUUUCGACACAAGACCUGAUCUACAGGUCAAUACCCUCUUAUCAGAGAUGGUUGAUCGGUUUGGAACAUCCGUAAGAGUAAGAGAGCAGCCUUAUGUUGAACCAGCUGAAGUUCCCUGUGACAUCUGUACUGGGACCCAGCUGAAGGCUGUGAAGUCCUGCCUGGAGUGCUUUAUGUCGUUCUGCCAAACCCACCUGGAGCCACAUCAGAGAGUCACAGUUUUGAAGAAACAUCGGCUGGCCGAGCCUAUGGACCGUCUGGAAGACCGGAUGUGUAAGAUACACGACCGACUUCUGGAGCUCUUCUGCCACGCUGAACAGGUGUGUGUGUGUCAGUUCUGCACAGAGGGUGACCACAGGUCCCAUCCUGUUGUACCUCUAAAGGAGGAAUAUGAAGUGAAGAUGGCCCAGCUGGGGAAGAUAGAGGCUGAAGUCCAGCAGAUGAUCCAGGAGAGACUAAAUAAUAUUCAGGAGAUUAAAGACAAAAUAAAAUGCAGCAAAGCAGAUGCAGAUAGAGAGAUAGCCGAUGGUGUGCAGGUCAUCACUGCUCUGAUGCGCUGCAUUGAAAAGUGCCAGGAUGAUCUCAACCAAAUGGUUAAAGAGAGACUGAAAUCCACAGAGAAACAAGCUGAAGACCUCAUCAAAGAGCUGGAGCAGGAAAUAGAAGAUCUGACCAAUAGAAGCUCAGAGGUGAAGCAGCUCUCACAGACUAAAGACCACCUCCACUUCCUCCAGGCCUUCAGAUCCCUGAAGAAUCCUCCACCCACCAGGGACUGGACAACGGUGGAGGUCCGUCCUCCGUCAUACGUAGGGACCUUGAGGAGAUCCCUGGAUCAGCUGGAGGAGACACUGAGCAUGGAGAUGAUGAAGCUGCGUGAUGCUGAACUGAAGAGGGUCCAGCAGUAUGAAGUAGAUGUGACUCUGGAUUCUGAUACAGCUCAACCCCGUCUCAUCCUGUCUGAGGAUGGGAAACAAGUACAUGAUGGAUGUGUAGAGAGGAAACUCCUGGACAACCCUAAGAGAUUUACGAAGCAACUAUGUGUUCUAACGAGGCAGAGCUUCUCCUCAGGGAGAUUUUACUUUGAGGUCCAGGUUAAAGACAAGACUGGAUGGGUUUUAGGAGUGGCCAGAGAGUCCAUCAACAGAAACAGUUUCAUUAUAGUGACCCCUGAGACGGGUUACUGGACUGUUUACUACGAAGAGGAUGGGUUGUUAUUUAGUGAUGACCCUGAUGUCCGUCUCCCUCUGAGUGCUGAGCUCCAGAAGGUGGGGGUGUUUGUUGAUUAUGAUGAGGGUCUGGUCUCCUUCUAUGAUGUGGAAGCCAGGGUUCAUAUCUACUCUGCUACCAGCUGCACCUUUAGUGAGCCUCUCUAUCCAAUCCUCUGUCCAAGUCUCUAUGAUUAUAAAGGUAACAACUCUGCCCCCCUUAUCAUCUCACCUGUCAAUCAAAGAGACUAUCAUGAGAACAACCAAACAAAGCCUAAAGACAGCGGAGGAGAGGAGCCCCUUAGGUGUUGGCACGAUCAGCGCCACAACGUGGAGGCAGUUCUCUCUUUCAGGAGAGCUUUAAAUAGUCCCUGGUCUGAGGAAAACUUUUCAUGUUCCAUCUGUCUGGAUGUGUUCAACAGUCCAGUUUCCACACCAUGUGGACACAACUUCUGCAGAACCUGUAUUACAAAGUACUGGGAUCAACAAGUCAAGUACAAAUGUCCUGUUUGCAACAAGCUUUUCAACACAAGACCUGAUCUACAGGUCAAUACCCUCUUAUCAGAGAUGGUUGAUCGUUUUGGAACGUCCGUACUAGUAAAAGAGCAGCCUGGUGUUGAACCAGCAGAAGUUCCCUGUGACGUCUGUACUGGGACCCAGCUGAUGGCCGUGAAGUCCUGCCUAGUGUGUCUUAUAUCUUACUGCCAAACCCACCUGGAGCCACAUCAGAGAGUCGCAGGCCUGAAGAAACAUCGGCUGGUCGAGCCUAUGGACCGUCUGGAAGACCGGAUGUGUAAGAUACACGACCGACUUCUGGAGCUCUUCUGCCACGCUGAACAGGUGUGUGUGUGUCAGUUCUGCACAGAGGGUGACCACAGGUCCCAUCCUGUUGUACCUCUAAAGGAGGAAUAUGAAGUGAAGAUGGCCCAGCUGGGGAAGAUAGAGGCUGAAGUCCAGCAGAUGAUCCAGGAGAGACUAAAUAAUAUUCAGGAGAUUAAAGACAAAAUAAAAUGCAGCAAAGCAGAUGCAGAUAGAGAGAUAGCCGAUGGUGUGCAGGUCAUCACUGCUCUGAUGCGCUGCAUUGAAAAGUGCCAGGAUGAUCUCAACCAAAUGGUUAAAGAGAGACUGAAAUCCACAGAGAAACAAGCUGAAGACCUCAUCAAAGAGCUGGAGCAGGAAAUAGAAGAUCUGACCAAUAGAAGCUCAGAGGUGAAGCAGCUCUCACAGACUAAAGACCACCUCCACUUCCUCCAGGCCUUCAGAUCCCUGAAGAAUCCUCCACCCACCAGGGACUGGACAACGGUGGAGGUCCGUCCUCCGUCAUACGUAGGGACCUUGAGGAGAUCCCUGGAUCAGCUGGAGGAGACACUGAGCAUGGAGAUGAUGAAGCUGCAUGAUACUGAACUGAAGAUAGUCCAGCAGUAUGAAGUAGAUGUGACUCUGGAUUCUGAUACAGCUCAACCCCGUCUCAUCCUUUCUGAGGAUGGGAGACAAGUACAUGAUGGAUGUGUAGAGAGGAAACUCCUGGACAACCCUAAGAGAUUUACGAAGCAACUAUGUGUUCUAACGAGGCAGAGCUUCUCCUCAGGGAGAUUUUACUUUGAGGUCCAGGUUAAAGACAAGACUGGAUGGGGUUUAGGAGUGGCCAGAGAGUCCAUCAACAGAAACAGUUUCAUUAUAGUGACCCCUGAGACGGGUUACUGGACUGUUUACUACGAAGAGGAUGGGUUGUUAUUUAGUGAUGACCCUGAUGUCCGUCUCCCUCUGAGAGCUGAGCUCCAGAAGGUGGGGGUGUUUGUUGAUUAUGAUGAGGGUCUGGUCUCCUUCUAUGAUGUGGAAGCCAGGGUUCAUAUCUACUCUGCUACUGGCUGCACCUUUAGUGAGCCUCUCUAUCCAAUCCUCUGCCCAAGUCUCUAUGAUUAUAAAGGUAACAACUCUGCCCCCCUUAUCAUCUCACCUGUCAAUCAAAGAGACUAGCACCUUUGUUUGAUAAUAAAAUAAUCAAACAACCUAAACAACUGAUGUUGUUUUCUGAAUUAGAAUCUCUACUAUGUGAGAUCUGAGAGAACUAUAUUCAUAUUGUACUUUUCACUCUAAUUUAACAGAUCAAUAAAUUAAUCCACUAACACUCUGUAAUCUAAAAAAUAUAACCCAUUAUAAUUGAUAAGACUAUGAAUGCUUUUUAUAUUUUUAAUGUAAGAAAGAAAGUAAGUCGAUAACGUGAAAUGUUUAUUUUGAUAACAUUCU